GCCGAUACGCAGUCUCUUGCUCCGCUCCGUCCCGCGGUCCUAUCCAUUAUAUUUCCCUAUCCUUCGGAUGUCCUCCUCCCUUCCCAAUCUCCGUUGCCCUCCGCCUCCAAACAAACCCUAGCCUCUUCCAUCCAUGGCGGCCAUCAAUCUCGGCUGGCUUGGCGACUGGUUUCCCCAACCCCCAAAACCCUCCAAACACCCCAACUUCGCCUUCAUCGGCGGCCGAAAUCUCUUCUUCAAGAAGCCCAAGAACCCCCAAAACUCUAGCUCCUCCGCCUCCUCCUCCUCCUCCUCCUCCUCCUCCGCUGCCUCCGAGGAGCCUCCGGGGAAGUACACCCAGAUGCUGGCGCAGUUCUUCUGGGAGUGCGAGCACCGCCCCGACUACCGCCACACACCGGAGGUCGAGCAGAUUCUUGACGAUGACCCCUUCUUCGAGAAGAAGGAGAACCCAACGCCCGAGGAGAUCGAGGAGAACGAGAGAUGGUGGGACGGGUUCAACAAGAGCCCUGUGGUCCAGUUCCUGAGGCGCGCCGAGCUCAUCGCUGACAAGAUUAAUGAGAUGGAGCUCAAGGAGAACGAGCACCCCUACCAGCGGGAGGACCGCGAGCUCUGGAAGAAGCUCCCCCAUGUGCCGGGGCUUGAUGGCCGGCCAAUGCCGAGGAAGGCGAUCAAGACGAGAAUGGAGUCUGACAACAAGUUCUGGGACUUUGCGAGGCAGUUCUUUUUUGGGCUUUGGGGGUUCAGGCAGCGGCCUUACCCUCCCGGCCGGCCGAUUGAUGUGGCCCAGGCAAUUGGGUAUAAGAGGCUGGAGAAGCGUUAUUAUGACUUUAUCAUGAGAAGUGGACCAAGUGGUGGCUGGUACUACAAGGAUCGCCUAGGACGUACAAGAGGACCGUGUCAGCUAAUAACUCUUAAAACUGCCUGGGCUGGUGGGAUAAUUGAUACACAUACAUUCAUUUGGGGAGAUGACAUGGAUGAGUGGGCACCCAUUGGAAUGAUCUAUGGCAUGGAAAAAGCAAUUGCCACUUGGGAAGUCAGACUAGGAGCUGCUGCAACAGCUUUUCUACACAAAUUACAGAAAGGCAUUCCUCCCUGGACUCCUCUCAAGGGAUUUGAGAAGAAGACCUAUAAGCAAUUACAAGAAGAAGCUAUUGAGAGCAAGAGACGUGACAUGGCUGUACUUGAAGCCAAUGAUGGCAUAUGGCCUGGUGUGAGAAUUCCCAGUCAUGCACUAUUUCUCUGGGCGAGUGGCUCUGAACUCACUACAAUUUUAGAAAGAGAUCACAUGCCAAACAAAUACGUCCCCAAAGAACUAAGGCACCGUCUUGCAGAAGUUAUCCCUGGUUUAAGGCCUUGGGAGGUUCUAAGCAUAGAACAAGCCAUGGAUCAAAUAACAUAUGGCGGGGAAUGGUACCGUGAACCUCUUGGUUCUUAUACAACAGGUCCUCCAUAUAUCAGGCAUUGGAAUUAUGAGGUCAAGAGGAUGUGUAGAAUCUUUUCCAAGCUGAGCUACAGAGUAUACAACAAGUUAGUGCAGGCCAUCCCUGGAUUUGAUAAAGUGGCGGAGAAAGCGCUGGCUGAUUUAUAUGCAAGACAAGCACGGCGCCAGGAAAAACGGGCUGCACAGAUAAGGGCUGAGGCUGAGGAUGCCAUCUAUGGCCGGCGUGUGCCAUCUGAUCCGCACUAAAGGUACAUAUGCUGGUGGUCGCAGGAGGUAUCUCCAUAUUUAUAUAUGGUCCAUGGAAGCUGAGAAGAGAGGAGAGAAAUGAAAAGCAUUCAAGCACUAGCUUGCUUUGACUUCACCAAAUGAAAUUGAUAAUAAAUUUAAGUUUGAAGUGUGCACAUGGCAAAGAAACAUCUGUUGUUUCUUCCCAAAAAGAUCAUUUUGCCACUUGGAGUGUAAAUCAAUUCAUCACCAAGUGCUUGGUAGCUAACCUUAAGUAGCUGCCUUAGAAUUUGAAAUGUCAGAUUCAUAUUUAACGUUGGUGCUGCAUGCUGUGAGAGACACAGACUACAGGUAUGAUUACUUAGUUUUGAAUUGAGAUCAUCAAGGUUUUGACUCUGUUCUUAUAUGGAUGUAAUCUUGGUUGGGAACACUAGUGGCAGAGGUAUUAAUGAAACCCCCUUUUUGGUGGAGUAAGAUUGUCUGC